UGUGUUAGAUCCUCAUUUAUCUUGCUAUGUUUUGAAUGCCCAAUACCUGCAGUGGAUUCAACGUAUUCUGGAGUUGCAGUGUCGCACUUGAACUGUAGCAUGUGGGUUGGUCGACUGUGGAUUUGUCAUUUGCUCCUAUUGGGACUUACGGAUAGCAACCAUAUUUUAGGUUCUAAAGCAGACAAAGAACAAAGAAGUUCUACAUGUCCAAUUAUCUGUCAAGCAUGUGCAGCAGAUCAUUUAAAGGGUUAUCUACAAGUAAAACUGCCUCAUGACCAAAUGAAAGGCUGCAGUGGUAGAGGGAUGCUUGAGAAGCGUAAAUCAACUGAUACUGAAUAUGUGGAGAGACAUAUAAUUCAUGUGAACAAUAACCAAUCUGAAACUAUAUACCUCAGCUUUCAUGAGAUGGCCACUGCCUCCCUCUUACCUCCAAAUUCUAGCAGCAUUACUAUUGAAAGAAAGUACAAAUUCGCACUGAUGUCAACAAAGCCCAUAAGUUGGGUUAUUCAGGGCCUGAAAAGCCUGGAACAAUACCAGUUUUAUGUAUCUGGCAAGCAUUCUAGUAUUGUAUCUUAUGACACCGGUGAAAAUAUUCCCAAAUCCAUGUUUGAUCUGAACCCUAGUAGCAGUAUAUUGCAGUUAUACUCUACAAUUACUGGUUGGGCUUUCCCACCAGACGUUUAUGAUGAAGAUAAAGUUACAUCUUUUACAUCAGUUGAAAGAGCUAACUUCAUUAAACUACAAUUUGGUGAUAAUGUGAAUCAAAGUGUAAUCUGUGAAGAACCUGACUCAAGAGCAAGUGAUAAAAUCUUUGUUUCUUACUUGGUUCCCAGAACUGAUGAAGGUUGUGUCGGCAAAGCUGUAAUAUUUAAACCGGAACAGCUGGUGUAUGCUGUGCAAGUCACAAAUAAACGAAGUUCAACCCAAAUAGUAUUACAAUUGGAAGGUUUAUCAUUCCUAACUGAAAGCCAGAAACUUACACUGGUGUUAAGAAACAGCCACCCAGUGGAAUGGAAACUAAUUGGUGACUUUGGAACUUCUGUAUCUACACAUAUAGAACUAGUGGUCACUCCUAACUCAACAGUGGAAACCAAGGACUUAAACUUAUUAGACCAAGCUUCUGCUACUAUUGUUAUCAAUAGUAAUCCAACUGACAUUUCAUCAUUUUCCAAGCAAUAUCCCCACCUCACAAGCCUUGCUGUCUUUAACUACGUCAACUUUAUCAAAGUGAAACUUAAGCAAGACACCCAACCACUGCCCGAUCCACCAGAUGCUUCUGAAAUCAAUAUUUUCCUAAACAGUUUGAAACCCUCAUGUUGUGGGCCUUCUUAUUUCUGCCUCAAUUUAACCUUGGAUGAAGUAAACAGAGAGGCAAACCUUCUGUUAAGACAGUUGGUAAGCUUCAAUGAUUGUCCGUUGCUUCAGGAUGCUGAUGUUUUAUAUCUUCGUGCAAGGGUAGGAGAAUGUGGUGUUAGAUUGAAAGACAAUGCACAGAUGCAGACAGAGGCAUAUUUUGAUCUGCUACAGAAUUCCUUCCAUGUAACAUUUACAUGUAAUAUACCAAAAAUCCAAAUGCAAGCUUACCCCGAUUACGAGAGAAAUCAUCCAAUCAAAUUCCCUCUUUCCCUCCAAGAUUCAGAACCAAGAAGAAAUAUUUUCAUUGAGAUAUCAGCAGAUACAGAUGAGGACGCAUGGAUGGGAGUUCAUUUAGAUGAAUGUUCAAUAACCAAACAUCAACAUUCUAUAACCAACUCCAUACAACUUAUCUCUGGUAAUUGUCCAACCAACCAACAUGUUAGUUUCAUGGUCCCACACACCAACAUGCACAAGCAAACUUUUACUUUUCCCUCUUCAAUGUUGGAUGAUGUCGGUGCUGCCAACUUCACAGUGGAGUGUUGCGCGUUUCUCUGCUCUUCCAUUGCCAACCAAUACCCCAAGUGCGCCAACGAGCAUGGGAUGAAUUGUCGAAACGCUCAACCAACAAAUAGUGUUUGUCGCGAGGAUAAAUAUAAUGUUGGACCGUUCCUACAUGUUACAACAUCCACACAAACCAUGAUACUAGAAGCUGGGAAAGAAGAAAGCAAAGAAAUGAAAAUUGAGUUGAAAUAUAUGCUUGCCAUUUCAUUUGGAAUGUUUCUUGUUGGUGUUAUCUUGGUUUUUACGCUUUGUAAAAUACGACAACAUUACAAGAGAGUUCCGCGUCGCGUAGCAACAGAACAAGAUCAAUGUUUGUUGAACAAUAAAUGUUCGUACACUCAUGCAAGCAGCCAAAGUGAGAGUGGUGAAAUAUCAAGACAAACUCUUUACGUGAAUGUCAACAACAGAUCAAAUAAAAUCACUGAAAAAGAGUGCCUGAGUGGAAAGAGUGAUUACAUGGGACUGUACCACAUAUCUCCGCUUGUAUCUUCUAAUUACACUGAAAAACACAUCGUGGAGGUCGUUGGAAAGGGGAAGCAAGAUGGAAGUGAAUCACCGUUGUUGGGAACUUCCUCGCUCGAGCAUAGAAACUGCCGAGCAAUUCCCAGCACAGGGGGCAAGAGCAGGGGUCAUGCUGAUGAUACCUCGAGUGCAGACAGUGGUGUUCCUGUUGAACCUGACAAAUCAGAAUCAAGCUCUGUUACAUCACAAACUGCAGCACAAAUUUUCGUCAGUAACUUGACAGACAUGAAAGAGGAGACGGUAUAAAUUUGACUCGAAAAAUUCACAAGUUAAGGUUCAACAUGACGAUGUCCCCUUUGAACCAAGAUGACCUCUGCCAACCCUUGUUCCUGACCUCAUUUUUUAUUAUUUAACAUUUCUUAACUUCACCUCAAACCAUAAGUUAACUAUUCUCGCCGAUGGGCCUCACAACAUAUUCUUAUAUUUGUAUGACGAAAAAGACAUCGUGCUUUCCACAGCGACAAAACUUUAUUGCGCGCUUGAAAUACGUGGUGCAACUUUAUUCCAGAUUCUCACCUCACCAAAAGCUUGUUCCAAUCACAACUUAAUACUCCAUCAGCAAAAUAACGUUUGGUACUCUUGUUCUUGAAGGUCACUAUGUUUCCUCGCUGUUACUUCUCCACCUCAGAUAUUCUCUCCAUGUUUUCUUGCAUGGAAGAGACAAAUCUUUUUGUGUCCCAUCUUAUUCCUUAGCUCGGCGUGUUUAGUUUUUCGUUCAACACAAAAGACGGAAACAUUCAACCUCCUUUCCCAGUGGCUUGUAUACCUCAAGAAGUAUCACCCGAUUUUUCACGUCAUGUGUUCUUUCGUUUCCACCUAUAGCUCGCUACUGACCCCAUAUGUCUUUGGAAAGACCUGUUACUUCCGAAUUCACAAGAAUUGGCUUUCUGAUCACGAAAACCGUCCUCAAAAUUGGUUUUCUGGCAAUUGACUCCUACCUCUAAACAAGCGCGGAUUCCUUAGCAAUAUUGUUCCAAGGUUUCUGUUAUAACUUGCAUUUGGUUACUUCACAUUUAAUUACCGGAUAUCAACAAAGCUGAUCAGAACCUCUCACAUUCUGAAUGAAAACCUCAUACAGUUUAAAAAUGCGAGGUAUUAUUUGCCAAUAAGUUUCCAUUUCUUUUCUUCGUGAUAAAUCAAGUCCCAAAAAGUUCCGAGAUAAAAUGCAAUAUUUUUCCAACAGUUCAAAAUCGUGACCUUAAUUUUUUAACGGAAGCAAUAUCCUUUACUUCUGUUUGUUUUUAAAAAACAUCAUUUAUUUGAUUAUCGUUUAAAUAUCUCUUCAUUUUAGCAUGGGAUAAGCAUGUUUUUUAAAUAGUUUUGAUGAAAUUGUACAAUGUUUUUUUUCAUCAUAUUAAUAUUUCAUGUAAAGACGUCUUAAAAUAGUUUACAUACAACAUAUAAACAAAUUUUUAUCUUGCACAAAGAAACAACAUAAUUCGAUUUACGAAGCACCUCAGCAUUAAAAUGCGAUUGUUUUCCUCACUCAAUGUUUCCCAUGACUGCUACCUGGUCUAUGUUCUACCAGUUUCUAAUCUUACAGAGCUGAACUGCAACCCCAUUGUAUUGAUUCAUAGAAAAUGCUUCCCAAUUCUCCUGACAGAAGUUGUAUUACAAAAUUAUGUGAAAGCUGUUUUUAAUGAAAUAUUUUUCUUUUAAAGAUUUUUUUGUUUUACUUUGUACAUACAUGUACACUCAUGCGGUGAAUGAUUCCUUUAAUGUGCCGUCAUUACACAGUUAAGGCGGUUGUAAAAGUUCCAAAUAUGAAUGGUGUUAUUGAAAUAAUCAAACACCUUAACUGGUUUAACCUUUUAACUUGCUGUUUUAAAAACACGAAAAACUACUGGUUUGUGUUGUAUUUAUUUUUUAAAUUGUUGUAUGACAAUAACUUGUUUUGUAAAUAUGCGUUUUUGUGCGGCUGACUCUGGCCGUACUUUAAAUACCUUCUCAAGAGUUAGCGAAGCUGUUUGGGAAAGGUAGGGGCGUGGUACUUAGUCAUCAUACCCCGUUUUAAUUUCUUAGCAGAUCCACUUAAAGUUCACUUUAUGAAAGGAGCGUUUAUUGUAAACUUGAUGUCGACGCUCAAUAAAAUGUUCAAUG